AUUUAACUUCACAGAGUAAGAAGUAAUGGCCUGCAAGGGAAGACAAAUGAGGAGCUAUAAAUUCAAUGACUUUUGGGACACCUUGGUGAAGGACAUUGAACAUAUUGAGCAGAAAGUUAAAGAAGAGGAAGAAGAAAAGAAAUCGAAACGAAAAGGAAGUGACAGGCAACGCUGGACAGAGGAGAUGGAGAUAGCGUGUCACAGAAGACGAAUUAAACGAGAACGAAUUAAAGCAGGAGCUGACGUAAAAUUAGCGGCAAAAGCUUUUCUUAUAAUCAGACGAGAAGCUCUCAGGCAGUUAUUAGAAGAAGAAGAAAAGAUGUAUAAAGAUGAACUGAGUCAAUCAAACAUUGAGGCAUAAUGCGACAAUUUCUGUUAAUGAUAGACUUAAGUUAUAUGUUAUAAUGUUCUUUCGGCUUUUAAAGUUUUAUUCGACAUGGUUUCUGUCAUAAUAUGUUUUAUACAAUAUUUUACAACGGACACUCGUCUGCUGAUUUUUACAGUUCAUUUUCAUCUCAGAGUUAUCUGUGCUGCUUGGUCUCAUACGAAUUUUUGUUAUUUCACUGUCAUCUCGUUAGCCGAGGCCUACUAAAAAUUUCAUCAAUCUCCAGUAAAAUAUACUUAGUUAUUGUUCCAUUACUGUAUUAUUUUCAAUGCACUAAAACGUCUUAAAACAUAUGAUUGAACUGUUUUGUUUUGCCCAUGCUUUAUAUAUUUUUUACCAAUUCCAGAUUCAAUAUACAUAUAUACCCAUCUAUGUGUUUUGAUAUUUAGGAUACUUGAUAGAUAGAAUGACAAUGUGAUAAAUUUGAAUGACUAAUGUUAACUUUCCAUCUGCUGGUCAUAAAUCAUAGAU